ACAUCUCGAAUGUGAAACGAGUUAUAGUGUAGCGUGUUGUUUCUUCACACACAAGUUGUUUUAUAUAGCAAGUGCCGUUAAUAUAACGGAAACUGGUUUAAUAAUUAAGAUUCUCCUUAACACAAUGCAACAGCAAGAUUAGGCGUGGAAGUAUGUCAGCAAAGACAGAAGUGCGUUUUAAGGAAGCAGAGGAACAGAAGCUUACUAUUUUGACGAGUAUAGGCGUUAUUAUCGCCGUACUGUCAUGGUUGGCUUACGGCUACCCGAUAAUAGUUGGCCUCUUGGCAAUUACAGCAGUCUAUCUAAUGACAGGGGAUAGAUACCAGUGGGUUUAUAUCUGGAUUAAGACGUACAAAAGAGAUACGAUAGGUCUACGUGUCCUCCUCGCCACUAUGUUCAGGAUAUGGGUGUGGGAGCGGCGUGGCGUCACCGUGGUUACCAGAUGGGCGGAAGUUGCCAAAAUGAGACCCGACAAGAAAGCAUUUGUUAUGGGGGACAGGUGUUUGACAUUUCGUGAGGGUGAUGAAUUCAGCAAUCGAAUCGCUUGGUACUUCAGGUGCCAAGGUUUCAAGACGGGUGAGGUGAUCGCACUAUUCAUGGAAACUCAGCCGGAGUACGUGUUCAUAUGGCUUGGCUUGGCUAAGAUCAGGGUCACCACGGCAUUAGUGAACACAAAUCUCAGAGGCGCACAAUUGAUCCACUGCCUGAAGAUUGCCGCUUGUAAGGCUGUUGUGUUUGGUGAUGAAAUGGCCGGUGCCAUAAAUGAAAUACAACAUGAAAUUCGGGAUAUACCACUGUUCCAAUUUAACUCGCCAGACCGUCAUUCAGCUCCUAUCCUCCAGGGCGCUGCGCCUUUAGCAACAGAACUUGUAGAGAUGUCAAGCGAUGCUCUUACAGACGUGGACCCUGCAAAGCCGAGAGAUACGUUAAUGUACAUAUAUACAAGUGGCACGACUGGGUUCCCCAAAGCCGCUAUAAUAACUAAUAUAAGAUACCUCUUAAUACCACUUGGAGUGCAUAACUCGGGUCGUCUGACAGCUCGCGACGUGAUUUACGAUCCACUGCCUCUACAUCACACGGCAGGCGGAGUACUGGGUGCCGGGCAGUGCCUCAUUCUUGGCUGUACUGUGGUACUGAGGAAGAAGUUUUCCGCCUCAAAUUACUGGAGCGAUGCUGCUAAGUACGGGUGUACGGUUUCGCAGUACAUAGGCGAGAUCUGUCGGUACUUGCUGACCGUACCGAAGGGACCGCACGACCGAGCGCACAAUGUGAAAGUGAUCGUCGGUAACGGCUUGCGGCCGCAGAUUUGGCAAGAGUUUGUUGACAGGUUCGGUGUUGAAAGAGUCCUCGAGUUUUAUGGCGCAACGGAAGGCAACAGUAACCUUGUGAAUCUUGACUCCAAAAUGGGCGCCAUUGGGUUCCUAAGUCGUUUGGUCUCGUCAAUAUAUCCGUUGACUCUUGUUAAGUGCGAUGAAAUAACUGGAGAUAUAUUGAGGGACGAGAAUGGGAGGUGUAUUACUUGUGGUCCACAUGAACCAGGUCUACUUCUUGGAAAAAUUGAUCCCAAGAAGGCAAUCUUAACCUUCUCUGGCUACGCUGACAAAACAGCAUCAGAGAAGAAAAUGGUCCGCAACGUGAAGGUAGAAAAUGAUUGCUACUUCAAUACUGGAGAUAUACUCGUCAUGGACCAUUAUGGAUAUUUCUACUUUAAAGAUCGGACUGGUGAUACGUUUCGAUGGCGCGGCGAAAAUGUUUCAACGGCCGAGGUGGAGGGCGUGAUCAGUAAUUUAGUGGGCCUGAAAGAUACUGUCGUCUACGGCGUUACUAUUCCAAAUAUGGAAGGCAAGGCUGGAAUGGCUGCUAUCGCUGAUCCUGAUAAUAAACUGAAUCUCACAGAGCUUGCCAAGGGCUUGACUUCAGCACUACCAGCUUACGCGAGGCCGCUAUUUCUACGGAUACUUCCAGAACCGCCCCUCACGGCCACGUUCAAGUUGAAAAAGAAGGAGUUAAUAGAACAGAGUUACAAUCCUUCACUAAACAGUGAUCCUAUUUAUUUUCUAGACCAAAAGACAGAAAGCUAUGUACCUGUAAGUGAGAAACUGUAUAAUGAUAUAGUGCAGGGGAAUGUAAAGCUGUGAUCAGACUUGCCUACUAAUGUUAAGAAAGGUAUUAUAUGUAUUAAAGUUAAGAUAUAGUAGUAGGCUGCCGCGUUUCUUGGUGGUCUAUUUACCUAGCCAUGGGUUUGUGGGUUCGUUUCCCAGUAAUAAAAUUAUCCAAAUUAUUACCCAAUAUUGACACAAAAAAAAUUUAUUUAUUAUUUAAGUGAAAGACAUUGAAUAAAACAUUUUUUUUAUUAAAAGCCUGAUGUUUUUAUUAAAAGCUGAGUGCAGUCCGUGUAAUGAUGACUACUGGGCGUCAAGCACCUCUGUCUCCCCCGUGACCGUUAUAAAAAUUUCCGAAAUAUCGGAAAAUGAAAAUUAGUUAAAAUAAGCAAAAUUUAACUCGAUUUAAAUCGAAACAUUAAGUAAACAUAAAAUAUCAUUAAUUAAAGAGACAAUUAAAAUAAUUCCAAACAAAAAAAACACAUUUAUAUAUUUAUACCGUUGUAUAUAAAACCGUAUGUGAUGAGAUAUUAAAUUAACUACGCAUUUUUGUACUAUCGUUAUAAAUUCCAGUCUUGAAUGUACUCGUACUUUAGCUUCAUAAGGCUGAUAUCUUAUAUGGAUGUGAUCUUAAUUGUAUCUUUCUAUUCUUGUUGCUUUACUUCUGAAUCUUGCUAAAUUGUAAAAAAUAUAUAACUAUUAUUGGCCGUUUGUGACUAGAUUUAUGAGAUUAAUGUAUGUAUAAGACAAGAUGAAGGCAGCUGAUUACGUGUUCCUGAGUUCCACCAGGGUCGGAACAAAAUCAGUUAUUGAAUUUUCUUUCAAGAAAUUGUCUACAGCAACUUGUAGUAAAUAAGUUAGCGGUGUUUGACCUCCGUAUCCCGGAAAGCUCGUAAAGCCGUUACACCUGCGCCUGAUCUCCCUCUAGUCUCGUCGGACUGCUGUCCCAUCACACUAUUAGAGUGCGGGAAUAAAGAAUGCCAUCAAAAACAUAACUUGUGAAAAAACCAAAGUCAGUUCUUCUAUCGCAAAAGUUGUGAGAUCCAUGUCCUAUUACUAUAAAGGUCCUACUGUCUUAAGUUAUUACGUAAUUAGCUAACCUAACAACAUCUUAUAGUGACCAUAUCAAUAUUAAAAAUCAUUUAUUUUUUAAAUAAAUAGAUUGACUUGGCCAUCGCAUGAAAACACAACGUAUCUUACAAGUAUUACAUAUUAUAAUAAAUUAGGUUCUGUAGUAUAGUAAUUAACUGACUUAGUAAUACAUUGAUCUCACAACUUUUUACGCUAGAAGAACUGAGUUGCGGGACUUUGUUUUUUUUUUACAAGUUAUAUUUUUGAUGGCGUCUCAUUUCUUUUUGUAGAUAGUUCUACUUUUUUUCCUUUCCGGUACCUUCUACUUCUUGAAUACCAACAACGGAUUUUCUUAAAUCCCAAUCUCUCUCUCUCUCUCUCUCUCUCUUAUGAGCUUUUCUUAUAUUUAUAGGUACACUUCCUCUUUUUAUUUUCCGGUACUACUUCUUGACCUUCAGCUACAGUUUUUCACAAAGCCCACUCCCUGUCUCUACGGGUUUUUCUCGGAGGCUUUGACAAUUUUUGUUAAGGCUGGACGGUAAAUGCUUCUUAGUCUAUUGUAUUCACAAAUCCAUGAUUCCUGCGAUUUAAUAUAUCCAAAAUCAACAUUAAUUACAUGUAAGCCACCCAGAGUUGUAAUUCUCGAAAGUGCCACGUAAGCUUGGCCGAAUGUGAAUAGUGCAGAACCGAUAUCCAUCAGCGCAUUAUUUUGACUUAGGCCCUGAUUUUUGUGUAUAGUUAUAUCAUAUAUACACAUGGGAAACUGUUCGCGAUGAACGUAAGCUCUAUUAAUAAUUUCAAAUUUAGUUUUGACCGGACCAAGCUUUGUUCACAUUGUGACAUGUUCUUUAUUAAAUGUAAUGUAUAUUU